AUGGUAAUGGUUCCAAAUUCCCCAAAUAUUCAAGUGCAUAUGUUGGCCUCUUGCCAACCUGGAAUGUAUUUUCUAGAGGAUUCCGGGCCUCAAACUCCUGCCACUGACGCUAACGUCAAUUCCAGCUUGGUCGCCUAUCAAUACUAUUGCACCGGCACUCGCUACAUGAAUACUUUGGGCCCUGCUGACCCGUCAAAAUUUGUCACGCGAUUCCUUUAUUCUGGUUAUUACAUACCAGUGUGCAAAGUUGCAACAUGUGAAUACAUACCUGGCCUUCUGAAUAAUGUUCAAUCACAGCCCCAGUUGCCUAAUAACAGCAGUUCCAUAAUCUACGACUUCAACUCGGUCAUUCACCUCGUAUGUAGCUUGGGUUAUGUUAGCUCCAGCAACUUUCUCAGCUCUAAUACCAGUUUGACAUGCCAACAGUCAAAUGAAGAUCCUACUAAGGGCGUCUGGAUCCCACCAAAUUACCAGGCGUGCAUCCCUAUUCGAUGCAAUAAUACAGAACUUCGUAGCAUGCUGCCGAAAAAUAGCCUUAUGCUGAGUGCUCAAAAUACCAUUACUCAACGUAUCUAUGGAAAGAUGGAGGCAAAUCAGUUUAAUCUGCAUGGGAACGUUGUAAAAAUUGUUUGUCAGUACGGCGAAUUCUUCGAUGAUCGUACCAGCCAGAAGAAUCUAAAAUGCGAUUUGGCGCAGGAUUCCUCUAUCACUGGUACCUGGUAUGGCUAUGCUGGGACUAUUUUGCCCAUUUCGAAGACUUGCGUGGGUAAGAGAGGCACAAAUAUAACACGAAUGGACAUAGCAUAA